AUGACAACCACUUGGAGGAGAAGAUUGGGAAAUGUGAGGUCGUUUGUAGGGAAUUCGAUGGGAGGCCUAAGAGGAGGAAGCAACCUGGCCUCGUGGGUGGUGGCUGGGACCUUAGCCUACUUCCUUUGGGUUAAGCCCUCACAGGACCUCAAGCGAGAACAACAGGAAAGGGCUGCUUUGGCCUCUGCGGAUCCACAUGCCUAUGUAGAGAAAAGGAAACCUGUUCCUGAUCCUCAGGAGACUGGUUUGAUAUACGGAAAUAAGAAUAGAACUCGAAAACCGGAGGAAUGA